AGAAGCGGUUUUGAUUGUCGUGCUGUUUGUGCCGUUGGUUGUUGAAAGUUUUUUUUUUCGUUUUAAUAUAAUCCGGAAUGAAUUCGACCGAACCCAUGUUUACGAUGGACGAUCUGCCCCAGCUGAUCGAUGGGGUAAGCUCGGAACAAGUGGUCGGAGUGACUCAAUCGAUUGUGAAUAUGAUGUCGCAUCCGUCGUACGGGCAAAAAUACCGUUGGAGUAAAAAUGAUUUCGAGCUGGGAUGCGCCCUCGGAAGAGGCAAGUUUGGUCGAGUUUAUCUGGCCCGGGAAAAGGGCACGAAGUUUAUGGUGGCCAUGAAGGUGAUGUUCAAGUCGGAACUAAUCAAGGGCCGAGUGGAGAAGCAGCUGCUGCGGGAGGUGGAAAUUCAGUCCAGAUUGAAACAUCCACACAUACUUCGUCUGUACACCUGGUUUCACGACGAUCGCAGAAUUUACUUGGCACUGGAGUUAGCUUCCGAGGGAGAAUUGUACAAACAUCUGAAAGCGUCGCCGAACGGAAGAUUCGACGAGCGACGGUCAGCACGAUACACCUAUCAAGUAGCGGACGCGCUGAAUUACUGUCACGCAAACAACGUUAUCCAUCGUGACUUGAAGCCGGAAAAUAUCCUGUUAACACAUGGCGACAACGUGAAAUUAGCCGAUUUCGGUUGGUCUGCCCACACCAAUUCUAAUCGGCGUAAGACUAUGUGCGGAACGCUGGACUACCUGCCUCCGGAGAUGGUGGAUGGCAAAAUUUACGACGAUUCGGUCGAUCAGUGGUGUCUGGGUAUUCUAUGCUAUGAGUUUCUGGUCGGUUAUCCACCGUUCGAAUCGGAGACGACGGAAGCUACGUACGAUAGGAUUCGUCGGUUGGAGGUGGAUUAUCCACGUUUUAUGAGUGCCGGUGCGAAGGAUAUGAUCUCAAAGUUGCUGCGGAAGCCGAGCAGUUCUCGCAUAACGCUUGUUGACGUGAUGAAGCAUUUCUGGAUUAAGGAGUGCACGGGAAAAUGAGCUAGCAGACUUACUAGUUUUAACGUCAUAUUUUUGUUUUAUAACGUGUUUUAUUCAAAUAUACCCUG